AGCCCGGCCGCCGGCGCCGCCUUCCACCGCUCCACCGAGGACCUGCGGAUGCGGCAGAGCGCGAGCUACGGCCGCCUGCGUCACGCGCAGAGUCGGAGCAUGAACGACAUCUCGGACACGCCGAGCACCGACCAGCUGAAGAACAAGUUCAUCAAGAAGAUCCCCAAGGAUGCGGAGGCCUCCAACGUGCUGGUGGGAGAAGUGGAGUUCCUGGAGAAGCCCUUUGUGGCUUUCGUGCGGCUCCUGCAGGCGACGAUGCUGGGAGGGGUGACGGAGGUGCCUGUCCCCACCAGGUUCCUCUUUAUUCUCCUUGGUCCCGCGGGAAAAGCCAAAUCGUACAACGAGAUCGGCAGAGCCAUCGCAACCCUCAUGGUAGAUGAUCUCUUCAGCGACGUUGCCUACAAAGCCCGGGAUAGAGAAGACCUGAUCGCCGGCAUAGAUGAGUUUCUGGAUGAAGUCAUCGUCCUGCCACCCGGCGAGUGGGACCCCAACAUUAGGAUUGAGCCACCCAAAAAAGUGCCCUCGGCUGAGAAGAGGAAAUCGGUUUUCUCGCUGAACGAAGUGGGGCAGAUGAACGGCACCGCCGGUGGGGCUGGCGCUGGGGGCGGUGGAGGAGGCAGCGAUGAUGGGGAGAUGCCUGAAGUUCAUGAAAUCGGGGAAGAACUCGCUUGGACUGGCAGGUUUUGCGGUGGCCUCUAUUUGGAUAUCAAGAGGAAGCUGCCCUGGUUCCCGAGCGACUUCUAUGAAGGCUUUCAUAUCCAGUCCAUCUCUGCCAUCUUGUUCAUCUACCUGGGCUGCAUCACCAACGCCAUCACGUUCGGGGGCUUGCUUGGGGACGCUACGGACAACUACCAGGGCGUCAUGGAGAGCUUCCUCGGCACGGCGAUGGCAGGCUCCAUGUUUUGCCUCUUCGCUGGGCAGCCACUCAUCAUCCUCAGCAGCACCGGCCCCAUCCUCAUCUUCGAGAAGCUGCUCUUUGACUUCAGCAAAGGCAACGGCAUUGACUACAUGGAGUUUCGCCUCUGGAUCGGCUUGCAUUCUGCCCUACAGUGCCUUAUCCUAGUGGCCACCGACGCCAGCUUCAUUAUAAAGUACAUCACCCGCUUCACGGAGGAGGGCUUCUCCACCCUCAUCAGCUUCAUCUUCAUCUACGACGCCAUCAAGAAGAUGAUCGGAGCUUUUAAGUACUAUCCCAUCAAUUCAGACUUCAAGCCCGACUACGUGACCAUGUACAAGUGCGAGUGCAUUGCUCCCGACCCAG